CAUUACAAGCCUUGGAUGGAAAUUGCCCACAGACUUCCUCACUUAAUCGAGAGCCACCAGCUCCAAGCUCAUGUGUACGAGAUGCCUCUCCUGGACUGCAGGUUCCUAACGAGUUACCGCGAGCAGCGCCUGGCACACUUGGUGCUGGCCGCUAUCACUAUGGGAUUCGUCUGGCAGGAAGGGGAGGCCCAACCCCAAAAGGUGCUGCCAAGAACACUUGCUAUUCCUUUUGUUGAGGUAUCCAGGAGCCUGGAACUCCCACCUAUCCUGGUCCACUCUGAUCUGGUUCUGACAAACUGGACCAAAAGGAACCGAGAAGGACCACUGGAAAUCGGUAACCUGGAGACCAUCAUCUCUUUUCCGGGUGGAGAGAGCCUGCAGGGCUUCAUACUGGUGACAGUCUUGGUGGAGAAGGCGGCAGUACCUGGCAUUAAGGCUCUAGUUCUGGGAGUGGAGGCCAUUCGGCAACACAGCCAGGACACCCUGCUAGAGGCCCUGCAGCAGCUGAGACUCUCCAUUCAGGACAUUACCAGAGCCUUGGCCCAAAUGCACGACAUGGUUGAACCAGACAUAUUUUACACGGUCAUCCGGAUCUUCCUCUCUGGGUGGAAGGACAACCCAGUCAUGCCCGCGGGGCUGGUCUAUGAGGGUGUUUCCACAGAGCCUCUGAAGUACUCUGGCGGAAGUGCAGCCCAGAGCUCCGUGCUUCACGCCUUUGAUGAGUUCCUGGGCAUUCAGCAUUGCAAGGAAAGUGUUGACUUUCUACACAGAAUGAGGGACUACAUGCCGCCUUCCCAUAAGGCCUUCCUGGAGGACCUCCACUCAGCCCCUUCACUGAGAGACUACAUACUGGACUCUGGCCCUGGGGACUGCCUGAUGGCCUAUAACCAGUGUGUGGAGGCCCUGGGAGAGCUGCGCAGUUACCACAUCAACAUGGUGGCCAGAUACAUUAUUUCCGCUGCCAGCAAGGCCAGGAGCAGGAUGCUGACUCAUCUCUCACCCCACGCUUUGGAAGACAGGGGCACUGGGGGCACUGCUGUGCUGAGCUUCUUGAGGAGUGUCAGGGAGAAGACCAUGGAGGCCAUCCUGUGUCCUGGUGCUUAG